AUGGAAGUAAGCGUGCUGUCCUUUACCAAAGAAAUACUGGUUCGAUCCUGCAUCCAGAUAUGCUACGGCAACGACUAUGCGACCGACCCAUUGUUCAACCAAAUCGUCUUAAGUUACUGGUGGGACUCAGCAUAUGGUACAGCACUCUUUGAACUGCUGCCCCGGUCCAUAGCUCCAUACUUUGUGAAAUUCUUCAUGCUUUGGAAGGGUUCAAUGCAUAAAGUAGGAGAAGUAGCUGGAUAUCUUAUGAAGAAGCGACUAGGUGCGCUUGAUGAAGAGCUAAAUGCAAGUCAUAUCGACAUGGCCCAGUUUCUCCUUCAAUCGUCCCGUGCGCCAGGCCAAAAGGAUUCCGUCCGUCUUCAACAGCUUCUCGUGGCAAUGACCUUUGUGUUUGCUCACCAACCACCGAUAGCAUUGGCUUGGGUUCUGAUAGAGCUGGCUCGACACCCCGAGUAUAUGCAGCUGCUUCGUGAUGAAAUCUUGACUGCCGAACAGCAAGGUCAUGAGGAUAUUAUGUCACAUCUUCCUUUGAUGGAAUGCGUACUUCGUGAAGUAUCAAGACUUUAUACACUUGAUGGCCUUACAAUUCAACGCAAGGCACUUCGCCCAUUUACUUUCUCUGACGGGACAUCGAUUCAACCCGGAACAAACGUUGCUAUCCCCCAACAGGCAAUCAUGCGCGAUCCAGAGUUCUACUCUGACCCGGACACCUUCGAUCCAUUCCGGUUCAAACCGCAUGCCCCAGAGGACCAAGCUCGUAUAAAAUGGACCGAUAUUAACGAGCGGUAUACAUAUUGGGGGUCAACCGCGAGACCAUGGGAGGUGGAUGGUGUCACAUUUGCUAAAAAGCUGUUUGGUGAUUCUGCUGAAAAAGUAUAA